AAGAAUAUUUUUCUGUUUCAAAUCUUCUUACUCCAUUUUUAUAUUUAAAAGGAGCUCAUAACUUUCUUUCUUCUUCCUUGUGCAUAUGCCACAUUGAUUUGCCUCCUUCUGUAUAUAACUUCAGCUCACAUUUUGUGCAAGGAAAAUCUCCCAAGUCCUACUUUCCCAGUUGACCAUAACCAAGAAAACUUGUCUUACAAAGACACAAAAUGUCAGGUGGGGUUGGUCCAACUUACAGUGACAUUAGCCUCCCAAAAGAACAAGAACAUGAACUCAAACAAAGCCAAGACCCAACUUGUUCAAAGCUCAAGAAAGCUGGGGUCCUCCCCUUUUGGCAGAUCAAUGCCCUGGCAGUCAUCAUAGUCCUAUCAGCCAGUGGCAUGGUAAGCCCUGGAGACUUUGCUUUCGUUCUCUUUUCCUUCAUCUACAUCUACUUCCUCUCAAAAUUUGCUUUUCCCACCCUCCCUUCUUCUAAAGAUCCCCAAGCCUUUAACCCCCAAAACAAGUUUCUGCGCCUCUAUGCUCUCUUGGGUGUCAUCAUAGGCCUUGUUCUCCCAAUAGCAUAUAUCUUUGAGGGCAUUAUGGAAGGUGACAAACAAGGAAUUAAAGCAGCUGCUCCUCAUGUUUUUCUUCUUGCCAGUCAAGUCAUCAUGGAUGGAGUGGUUUUCAAUGACAGGUUUUCGACUCCCAUACGCCUCUUCGUGCCCGUUUUCUAUAAUUCCAAGAGGAUUUUUACCCUUGUGGAGUGGCUUAAAAAUGAGUUCUCUAAAGAAGCGUACGGUGCAUCUGCAAGGAGACUUUACCUAGGUAGAAUGCUUGCUGUUGCUAAUUUGGCCUUUUGGUCCUUGAAUCUUUUCGGGUUCUUGUUGCUUGUCCAUCUUCCAGCAGCUUUCAAGAAAUAUUACUCUGCCCACAAGGAAAGCAAAGAUUGA